AUGUCUGUCAAUCGUAAGGGUAGCCUUUCACUGGGAAGUGGUUAUGACAAGCACCGCUUCUACAACCUCUUCAAGGUUUUCGGACGCAGAACAAUGUUUUCAACUCUUGUGAAGGGCGAUCAUGCGAAGCGCAAACGUAUCAUCGUCGAUCGCUAUGCUAAUAGCAAUGUUGUGAAGCCCAUGGCGCUGAGCGGUAUUAAGAAGCGCGCGGAAGAGUUUGUAAAGCAGUGUACGGAUACAACAAGGAAAAGUGUUGAUGUCUACGUCAAACUUCAUUCUUACGCUUGUGACUGCGUGACACACCAUUUGUUCCACCCGUACGGAACAAAUAGUCUCCAGAAACAGGAAGACACGGAUAUGAUGGAGCAAGUCACAACGGACGAUAGUCUUCGAAGUCGCCUUAUUCAGCAUCAUUACCCAGUGUUCUACCAGUACUUCUCCAAGGUUCUUGACCUCUUUUUCGAUCCACGAGCCACACCCCUCGCCAAGGACUUCGUUGUUGGUGCCACCUCUAAAAUCGAUCCGGCGCCCUUUACACUUCUAAGCCGCCUCCAAGACAAGAGAGAAAGCGGCAGCAGCGUCAACCAAAUGGAUGCCACUGACAUCGCCGCAGAAUGUAUGGAUCACAUGGUAGCUGGAAUUGAUACAACCGAGAUUCGAGAAAACCCAGAUGUCUCCUUUGAUAAGCUUUCUUACCUUGACGCCGUUGUUCAAGAAGGCCUCCGAUGCUAUCCCGCGAUCCCAAUGUCGCUGCCUCGGGUGGUUCCGCCUGGAGGAAAGACAAUUGAUGGAUACUUUGUUUCCGAGGGUACCAUCGUGAGCAGCCAGGCUUACUCAGUUCAUCGCAACAACGAUGCAGUAUUUCCCAAUCCUGACACUUUCAGCCCUGAACGCUGGCUGUCUCCCACUGGCGAGGCCGAGAGGAAGAGACACAUGUUUGCGUUUGCUCACGGAGGAAGAGGCUGUGUCGGAAAACAUCUUGCACUAGCAGAGAUGAAAAUUCUGCUUCGGGGUAUAUAUGGACGGUAUUCCACAGUACCAGAUCCUUCUAUCACUCCCGAGAGCAUGAGAUCUCACGACGAGAUUAUUUCUGCCCGGCCAUAUGGACAAAAGUGUUUCUUGCGAUUCAUUCCCAUCGCCAAUGAGGAGGCCGUAUGA